CCGAACUAGCUCCCCAAAGGGUACUUUGACGAAGAAAAGUACAAAAAGUCUCUUUUACCCUUUUUUUUCUCUUUCUCCUUUCCUCCUUCGUGUUCUUCUCUAUCAAUGGCCACUUCUUCAAGAACAAAAUCAAGUGCACCUUCUAGUAGGUUCUGCUCGUAUUCAACGUCUAACGCACCGUUUCAUUCUUCUUCUUCAUCCUUCUUCAACAAACCUCACUCUCACGCCCCUCACCGAUCCACUUCCCCGACACGUGUCAACCUGUUCAACGCCUCGCCCCCUCCUUCUUCCGCGGUUCGGUUCUCAAUCGACCGGUCCAUAUCUCCUAGCCGUACCGUUUCGAGCCACGUCAUCGCCAGGAAGAAUCACCACAUCUCGGUCCAGAAGAAAACAUGUAUGUGUUCUCCUACGACGCAUCCAGGUUCGUUCCGGUGCAGCCUCCACAAGAGUAUCGGCGGGAACCACCACAGUUCCGGUUCGUUCCCGUCGAACCGGCUCAACAUGCGUAGGUCCGCGAUGAAGAACUCGCUGGUGAGAAUCGGAGGAGUCGAAGGCGAGUGGGUGAAACGCGCCCUCACCGCGUUGAUUCGUCCUUCUUCGCAUCAGCAGAGGAGAAGAGCGGCGUUUGAACCGAGACCGAGUCGUCUUUGUACUGUGUCCAAGGCUGAGGAAGAUCUGUGAUUUUUUUUUUUUGUUCUUACAGGUUCGUUUUUUAUCUGCCGGAAGUUUCUAUUCUCCCCCGCCGGCCACAGAAUCUGGCGAAAUGGUUUUAUCGUGAUCGAGGUGUCUCCAGCUACGUUGCCGGAAAAUUGGAAUAUUCCGGCGUAGAUCUGAGAGACUGGACUCGGAGAAUUGGUUUUUGUACAUAACAUUUGCUAUGGAAGGAGAGUUUUGGACAAUUUUACUUUUUAAUUAAAAAUCAAGUCAGAAAAAAAAACCUAAAAGGUUAAUUAAAAUGGAGAUAUAAUAUAAUCUCAGGUUUAAUUUAAUUUAAUUCGCAUAAUUUCGAUCAUCAGUAUUCAAAUUAAUGAGUGGUGACUCCGUUGAGCUUGCCGUUAAUGUCCAUUUCAGUGUGCGUUGGGGGUUCCGUCGUUCGUUUGUUCGUCACGUCGUACGGUGCGUUUCCUUGCCGCCGUUGACUCUCCGUUAUCUUUGGCCCAGUUGCUUUGCGUUUGGUGCAAGCUGUUAGGUACAAGGGCUAUCUGAGACGAAUGGAUUCCAACUUUAAAAUAAGGAAGGAGGAAUUGACAUAUGACCCCUUGUUACGGCAGAUAACCCUGGUUUUUAAAAUAAAAGGAAUUAAAAAAAAUUGAACUUGAAAAAUUGAAUGAAA